AUGUUCUCACACAGUGGCACCCAAACUCCUGUUUCGGCUUCCUAUCAACAACAAUCGCAACCUCAUCAACUACAAAACAAAGUACAAUUUCAUGAACAAUUGGAUGAAACCAUAACCUGGAUCAACGAUUGGUAUUCACCAAACUUGAUCAAUAAUAAUACUAUAAGAGAUGCUAACUAUAACAAGAGCGGACAAUUUGUACAUUACAGUGUUGACACCAAUAAGGGCCAUCAGGGCCAUUCUAAUCGUGUAUCCACAAUUAACAAUUUUGAAGAGGAAAACUCGACUCCGGCAGUAAACGAUUCCAUCAGAUUGAAAGGUUGGCACCGGACAAAUUUGAACCACAAACAUGGUGAAAGUAACGAACACUACAAUAAUUUGAAUCCAAGUGAUGUGUUGGAUUUGAAUAAAUGGAGGUAUUUUAAUGAAGUUAACCAAAAUGAAAAUAAUACUACCAUGACUACAAACAAAGAUGCUGGUGUUUCCUCUGCUGCUGUCAAACAAGAAGAUCCAGUUUCCAAAGACUCUGCAGUUGAAAGGUUUAGCGAUACCAUCAAGCUACAGUAA